CACUUACACUAUGAAAUUAUUGAGGGAGCGCUGUUUACACUUGGAAACUGCCACAACCCAAUUGAGUACGAUUUGGAGUUAAUUGGAGGCCUUUCUUUCCAUGAUAUGAGUGCUAAAUUACUGUCUUCUCCUAUAAAAAAUCCGUAUUCGAAAUUUGCCCCGAAAUUUAUUGCUCGUAGAGAACGCUCCGUGGAGAAACCUAUUCAACGCGAAGAUGUUGAAGCUCUACAGGAAGGAAUUUCGACGAAUUUGCAUGAGGUAAAUGAGGAGCCAGUUGACGGUCCUCAGGAGGAAGGGCGCGAUUCAUUUAACAUAUUAGUUGAAGCUGCUCAAGAAGCACAAAAGAUGGGAAACCAAAAUGAUGAAGGCUCAGAUUUACAAAAUAAUCAAACUUCUGUAAUAUCGAAGCCGACGGUUGAAUCUUCUUCCCAGUCUAACGAAGAUGAAUCCCAUCUUGCUUCAUUUCAAAGUUCUGGAUUAUCUGGUCAAGUUAAGAAUGAGACUCCUAUGGAUGAAAACAUUCCUCUUUCACAACUAAGCUCUAUUCCGGUAAAUAUUGAGGACCAAGAUGCGUCUCAAUCAAAGCGAAUGACAAAGGCGUCAAUUCGUAGAAGGAAGCGUAAACUUAUUGUUGAUAAUGUUGGAACUGAGCAGGAGAGUAUCAACAUAAACGAAACUAAAAUGUCUGCAUUGUGUGAUGAUCCUGGUAUCGGCAGAAAGAGUCAACGUUUCGUCGAAAUUGAGAAGAUACUUUUGGAGGAAAAGUUAGCAAAGAGAAAAAAACGUACCGGAUCAGUUACUCCUGCCAAGGAAGAGUCUCCCCAGCGAGAUGUGCAAUCCGUGAACAAUACUUCUCAGAUGAACAUACAGGAACCUGAAGAGGAAGAAGAAGUAGUUGGAACAGUGGAAGCUGAGCCAGAGGGACAGGAAGAGGUAGAAGUUCCAGAGUCUAAUGUGGCAUCUAAAUCUAUUUUGGACCAGCUCGCUGAUAAGAUGGAUUCAGAUGGGCAAUUCAAUCGCUCAACCGCUUCCGCUCCUAGAACACGAGUUGUUGAUGGUCAGAUUGUUUUGGAUGAAGCUUCUUUGGAAGUAGAUCGUCAUGAGAGAGAUUAUGUACCUGAAGAGGAUCGUGAGUUCGUAGAAGAAAAUGCAUUAUCUCGUAGGGUAACGAGCGCAACUUGGGGAAACCGUCAAAAAUCUGAGAAGUGGAAAAGUGAUGAGACAGAUAAGUUUUACAAGGCGCUUUCUCAAUGGGGCACAGAUUUUGCUCUUAUCUCUAAUAUGUUUCCAAGUCGCAACCGUAGACAAAUUAAGCUCAAAUUCAAGCAGGAAGAAAAACGAAAUCCUGCUCGAAUUAAUGAAGCGUUAAGGACUAAAAAGCCAGUCGAUAUGGAAGAGUACAGCAAAGAAUCCGGUAAAGUUUUUCGUCCUGUCGAAGAGGUUGAAAAAGAGCUGGCUCAUAUACGAAGUGCUUUUGAAGAAGAAAGAAAGCGAGCUGUGGAAACAGCUGAACAAAGACAAGUUAUAGCGAAUUAUGAAGCUGAGCAGGAGAGAAAUGCUCCUCAAACAAAGCAAGAAAGAGAGAUUGUUUUUGAAGACGGAAUUGAGGUAGUGGGACAAGUGGCUUAAUUUUUGGUUUAUUUUCUUAAUUAUUGGUUUUAUUGUUUUGGUAGUUAAUUUGGGUUAUCGUUGAUUUGUUAUUUUAAAUCUUGGAAUUAUGGAAUUUGUGCACUUUAAUUUACAUUGUUUCAAUAAUUCGUUUUGUUAUUUCUAGCUUACAGAGGUAUGCUUAUCUAACUUCUAUAGAUAUUGUUUACUUUUAUGAAGCUGAUUUUGGAUCGUGGUCUCAAUUUUAUAAAUCGUUUUUGGAUGAAUUUUCAUAAGUUGAGUUAUAUUUAAUAAUUUAGUAUUUAUUCUUUAAUUUUACGUGAAUAGAAUGUAG